GUACUAGUGAUGAUUGGGUCAGUGGCCCCUUUUGCCACUUCUCCAUAUGGAAAUGGAAUGAUGCCCGUCUCUUCAUUCGGCAGUGUCAAAGGACACACGAGGCACUUGAGGAUUAGGCCGGCCCGAUCCUUCGACCCCACGAAACCCAACCCAUCGACUCUGCGGCCGCCCACUCCGGCUGCUUACAUCAGAUCUCGGCCGCUUCCGUCGUACAGUUGAGUGACGAACUCCGGAGCCUUCAACCAUGGAAUAUGCUGUCUUGAGCCGUGAAUAUUUGAAGGUUCAUUCACCCUCGUUUGAUGAUACUCGACCGUCACUUCUCACAGAACAGUUCGGCCGAGUGAGCUCAAGCCUCAAGGUAACUGAAGUGACCAUUCGAUAAUAUUGGUCGCAAAAGAUAUCUCUACAAGAGGUCGGACAGUCAUGAGCUCAUUAUGGUGCUCACAUCAGACCAGUAAUAGUUUACUGCUAUAGACUUCACCACCAAAUCUGGGUGUUCU